AUGAAAAAACACCCCACUCCAGUCCGCCCUUUCCGCGUUGACUACACUCUCCCCCAGUCCCUCCGCCUUGCCCUCCUGUAUGGUCGCUACUGCCAGCACGCCUAUCAUCGCUUUCAAAACCCUCGUCACAAGAUCCCCACGUUCUCUGCAAUUCCCAUUGAAAUCAAGAGUGAAUUGCACCAGCUGGUCUCGGUCAUCUACCAGGCAACACGCACCAGUAUUCAGUCCUGCCCUACCUUCGGUCACCUACUGUUAAGCUUCUUCUCUCCUCUUCCCCUAGUCAAUGUCCGCCAUCUCAAAGUCAGGGAAUAUGAGCCUGGAUUUCUUCCCCGCUCCGAUUUCCAGACCCAGAAUCCUCCCGCUGGCGGGUUUGUUCGUUUUCCUCGAGGGUCCGACCACCAUACGAUCCAAAUCGGUCCGGCCAUCUACUACGAUGACGAUGGGCAUCCCGUCGCAUACCAUCUUCCUUCCGCCAUUCAGCAACAUCGUCUAGAAUUACUCAACUUGCAUAUCGAACUGUCGGCUAACCGACGGAGGGAAUCGAUCGACCCAGCCACCCCUUUUAUGUCAAUCGACGAAACAUGCGCAUCGCCCCAAGGUUUUCUAUAUACGCACGAUGAUCUGGUUAACGGUUGCGCUCGCCUGGCACCAGCACAUCUCAUAGACGAGGGAAGGGGUCUCUUUUCUCCCUCUCCGGUCCUCCUUGAGUCCAGGUAUCGGGGAAUGAGACUUCUCGACGAACUCUCAGAAACUUUCGCCAUCAUUGGGGCAGCCAUUUCCGUGAUCCACCCACCAUCGUUCUUCGCCGGACUUCAAGCUCUAGAACAGCUCUCAAAGCCAUCCAAAUCCGUGACCCCUCAGUACAUCGUCACUGACGUCCUCUCCCUCUGGACAUCCCCCCACUCUUUAUUCCGCAUAUACAACAAUUACAACUCCGGUGUUCGUCGGGAAGAUGUCACACCACCCCUCGCCUUCGAUACCAUUCUCUCUGCGGGAACUUCCCAGAUCAACCGCUUUGUUUGCCCCAACCUAGGGCACGAAUUUUACUUUCAUCCAGGUACGCUAUUCAUUGGCAUGACUCGCAUUCUUUACCAUGGAUGGACAGCGGCUGGUUACGACCCACACAUUGUGGCCAUCGCCUCUUUUGACGAGGCUGUGAUGAAGCGUACCAUCCCCGAUGACAUGCACCUCUUCAGUCGCAAAUGGAGUCCUGCGGAAUAUAGUUCACUUUCACCGGAAUUGGGUCUGGAUCGCGACACUGACAUGUAG